UAGAAACCAUGUGGCUCCUGCAAAUAUAUAGACACAUGUACUGUAGUCUUUGACCUGCUGUGAAGUUCUAUAUAGUUCUUCUUAGACAGGGACUUUCAACUUUCAAUCCGUUUGGUUGCUAGAAACCAUAACUUAUUCCAGUGAUACCUCCUGAAUAUACAGUAACAGUGCUGUAGUAGAUGGAACAAGCUCACAGUCAUGGUAAAACCAGGUCUAAUGGUGGAUGGACGACGCUUCACCUGGCUAGUUACUUUGGCCAGAAAGAUAUUGUUGAAGAGCUGUUAAAGAAUGGAGUGGAGGUGAACACGCAGAAUGAUGUCAGGGACACGGCUCUACACAUUGCAGCCCUCUGUGGAAGAAAGGAGGUUGUUCUGCUGCUGUUACGGUACGGUGCAUGUGCCACGCUACUUAACGGAUGUGCUCAGACCCCCAGGGAUAUCACCGAUGAUGAUGAAGUCAUUACUAUGCUGGAAGCUGCAGAAAGAAGAGAGGGCAGGAAGCUGGAGGAGAGACUGUUGGAUGCAGCAAGAGAUGGAGAUUGUGGUGCUGUAGCUCAGUUGCUCAGCAAGAACAGACCUCCAGACAUCAACUGCAAGGACUCACAUGGGGACACAGCGUUACACAUCGCAGCCUGCAGGGGGCAUAAAGAGUGUGUGGAUGUGCUGGUUAAGAGUGGAGCCAGCUUCAGUGCAGUGAACAAAAACGGCCAGUCUGUGUUGGACGUUGCCAAAGAUGAUCAAACGAGGUUCUUUCUGGAGAAAUGUCAAGAAAAUACUACAUGUAUCACAGCUAGAAAGUUUGAAGGACUCCUGUGGAAGAAGUCAGAUUUUCUGAGCUGGAACUCCCUUUGGGUUGUUCUGGAGAAAGGGACUGUGAGCUGGUACUGUAAUCAGUCUGAUGCAGCGUGCGGAGAUCGUAGGCAGGGCUGUAAGCCUCUUAUGAAGGCUCAGUGUGUGGUAAAAGCCUGGGAUAAAUACUUUUUCACACUCAAGUGCUGUGACGGCAGUGUGCAUCACUUUAAAGUGUCCUCUAGAUGCUCUGAGCCAGAAAUCACCAGGAAAAAAUGGGUGGAUGCCAUGGAGGAGCAUGCUGUGUACAGUGCCCUCUGUGGAAGCCCAGACAAAACACCUGUACAGGAAGGAGAACAGGAAGUGGCUAAAGAAGCAAUGGACCUGGGAGAUUUUCUGUCACACUCUCUUCAGGCAGCUGAAAGUUACCAGAGGAUGCUGGAGUCUCAGGUGGCCAUGUUUGUCUCUAUGGUCAAGAAUGAGGACAACAAUGAUAUAACAGUUCCUGAGCUCCUCAAGGCCAAAGAAAUAUGUGAGCUGUGCAGUGAGACGAGUUCAGUGUUAAGACACUGUGUGGAUCUCCUGUCCCAGCGUGAAGAGGUGUGGAGUGUGAAGUUAGAACAGGAAGUAGAAAAGAACAAGCUCCUGUCUGAGGCUCUGCAGAAGUUGGCAACAGAGCAUCACCAGCUCAAGCUGAACCUUUCUACUGGCAGAAAGUCGCCGACUCUGAGUGCAUUCACAGAGGAUGAAUUUUAUGACGCUGUCUCUGAGUCAGAGUGGGACAGCAGUGUGAGAGGACGUAGUGUUAGUGUCCUCCGAUUUAGCUGACGCUGCUGAGAGGCUCAUCUACACGCAACAGAAGCUCACACUCCUGCCAGCAUGUCUGGGGAGGAGAACCAUGGAGACAAGACCCACCAUAAUGGUGUGAAGAAACACAGAACGUCUCUUCCUGCUCCAAUGUUCUCAAGAAAUGACGUGAGCAUCUGGAGCAUCCUCAAGAAAUGUAUUGGGAUGGAACUGUCGAAAAUUGCCAUGCCAGUCAUCUUCAACGAGCCUCUGAGUUUCCUGCAGCGUCUCACAGAAUAUAUGGAGCACACGUAUCUCAUCCACCAAGCCAACACCUCCACAGACUCCAUCCAGAGGAUGAAGUGUGUGGCUGCAUUUGCCGUCUCCGCUGUGGCAUCACAGUGGGAGAGGACCGGAAAGCCCUUUAACCCACUGCUGGGAGAAACAUAUGAGCUAAUCAGAGAGGAUCUGGGUUUUAGAUGGAUGUCAGAGCAGGUGAGCCACCACCCACCUGUUAGUGCAUUCCAUGCCGAAGGCCUAAAUGAUGACUUCCUGUUUCAUGGCUCCAUCUACCCUAAACUCAAGUUCUGGGGAAAGAGUGUAGAGGCAGAGCCUCGUGGAAUCAUCACUCUAGAGCUCCCCAAACACAAGGAAGCAUACACUUGGACCAAUCCUACAUGCUGCGUCCAUAACAUCAUUGUAGGUCAGCUGUGGAUUGAACAGUACGGCAAUGUGGAAGUUACUAACCAUAAAACUGGUGAAAGGUGCAGCCUGACAUUCAAGUCAUGUGGCCUCUUUGGCAAAGAGCUACACAAAGUGGAGGGUUACAUACUUGAUAAAAGUAAAAAGAAAAUCUGCGCCAUUUACGGCAAAUGGACUGAAUGUCUGUACACAGUGGAUCCAGCUGCGUUUGACCUUCACAAAAAAGCAGAUAAGAAAACUGGUGAGGAGAAGAAAGGCAGCAAGCAGGGCAAUGUGGAUGAGGAGGCUGAGGAGAUGCCCCUUCCUGAGGCCGAAACUGUGCAGGUCAUCCCGGGCAGUGAACUCAUCUGGAGGAUAUCACCCAGACCUGAAAACUCAGCUCAGUACUACGCCUUCUCCACAUUCGCUAUGCAACUGAAUGAGCUGGAGGAAGACAUGAAGGAGAAUCUCCCUAUUACAGACUGCCGCCUCCGGCCUGACAUCCGUGCCCUGGAGAACGGAGACAUAGAUUUGGCCAGUGCUGAGAAGAAGAGAGUGGAGGAAAAACAGAGAGUGGCGCGGAAAAACCGUUCCAAAUCCAAUGACGAGUGGAAGACGAGGUGGUUCCACCAAGGAACAAACCCACACAAUGGAGGACAAGACUGGCUUUACUCUGGUGGCUACUGGAGCAGGAACUACUCCCAACUACCUGACAUAUACUAACCUCCAACCCUCAGACCUCUGCCCAGAAAGGGACUGCUGAAGAGAAACCAUGCAUGUUCACAAUUAACUUCAGUUCAUGCAGAGUGUCAAUUAUUUAUACAGCCACAAGCUGGUUUUAUGUUUACCACCAUCUUAUAAACACUCAAGCAUGAGGAGGUGGAACAUGGCUGUUAUUCUUAAAUAUGCAGUGUGUGAGGUGAAGUUUGUUUGUCCAGAGACUUGCAUUGCAACUUUAAAUAAUUUAUAUAGAUAUUAUAGAGUUUCAAUUUCAAUAGAUGUAGCGAGGAACCUUGUAAAUAUAAAUAGAACAUAGAUGAUUAUCUGUGGAGACUUGAAUUUGCUGAAAACAAACACAGUCUUCUUUAGAUGGCUAAAACUUACCUCAUAAUCUUAGUAGCAUAUUAAAUUUGUUGUGAAUAAAGACAAAUGACGUGUUAUGGUAAGUUAAUGAAGCCUAGUUUUUUUGGGCUACACUUAAUCCUUGGCUAAAUAGAUAAACAAAUCUCUUUAGCCCAGUAUUAGGUUUAAUAUGGGAUUCAACAAAGCAUUUUGUUUGUAUAAAUAUUAUUUAUUUAAUUAUAUCCUGUAGUUAAUUGUUUGUGGCUAUUGAGAACCUCUUGAACGUAUAAAUGGAAAAACGUGUUUAGCUUGUAGAUGGACCAAUCAGAAAUCAUUUGGACUUUGGAUGUUUUUGUUGAAUUGUUGUAGAUUUAAGAGUGAAAUUCAAAUAUUUAUAGAAUCAAAUGACAGAAACACAGUCAGUUGUUCAACUUCGAACACUCAUUACAACAAAAAGAACCAUUACGUAAUGAUUAUAUAUAUAUAUAUAUAUAUAUAUAUAUAUAUAUAUAUAUAUAUAUAAUGUCUGCAAAUUCAACUUAUCAUAAAUUUCAUGUUUCUCAGACAUAAAAUUUACAGCGAAAGCACAAAUCAAUUUAACUAUGCAAUGGAAAGCUUUUUUUAAAAACGUUUGAUUAGCUCUAUUAAACUCUGCCUGAUUCAUUCUGGGAAAUUGAAUUGACUAGUUAGCUGCAGUUUCUUUUGUGGCAGCGUAAUGAUCUUUACAACAGGGACCCUCUUCAGAGAGUUGACUGGGUUAAGUAUAAAUAUUUACUUUAGGUACUUCUCCUUCUUUCCAGGUACGUUACGAUUACCAACAAUACCCUCUGUAACGUGUAACACAACAGUAGACUCAGCAGAUGCACCUUGUAAAGUACACGUUUUUAAUUGUACGAUAAAAUCUUGAAUAUGAGUAUAAAAGAAUAGAAAUCACAAAUUUGUUUGUAUUGUUGCUAAAAUAAAGACUUAUGCUUCCCUAAGCUGCUGACAGUUUGACCUCAUUGCUGUGAUAACUUCAGGUUUUCAGAUCAGGGGUGGACAAAUGAGUAGCUAUUAGUUUUUUAGUUGCAGUUGCCUGGAAGAAAGUAGGUUCAACAACAAGAAAAAUAAAUAAAUAAAACCCUGCUUCUUGUGUGAU